AUGGAGUAUUCAACCGCUGAGUGGGAGGGAAACACCGUUCCGGCAGAGUAUUAUGAUGAUACGUUUAUUCCCGGUACCACCAACAUCCUUACUGGAAGAAAGGAAGACGAUGACUCGAUCAAGACAAAUAAAUCCUUGAAGCGAGACAAAAAUGGCUUUGUUUUACUUCCACAGCCAACCGACUCUCCAAACGACCCCUUGAACUGGUCAAACUCGAGGAAGAUUUGGCAUUUGAUCCUUUUGUCCUUCAUUACUGCGUUAACCGCAGCUACGUCGAAUGAUGCCGGCGCAGCACAAGAUUCACUCAAUGAGAUUUACGGAAUUUCGUAUGAUGCAAUGAAUACUGGUGCCGGUGUUUUGUUCAUCUUCAUUGGCUGGUCAUGUCUAUUUUUCGCACCAGCAUCAUCAUUAUACGGCAGACGUAUCACUUAUUUGAUAUGUCUAGUUUGUGGAACUUUGGGCUGUGUGUGGUUUGCAUUAAGUAGAAGAACUGCAGAUACCAUUUGGUCUCAAAUGUUUGUUGGUAUCUCUGAAGCUUGUGCCGAAGCUCAAGUGCAACAAAGCUUGAGUGAUGUUUUCUUCCAAAAGGAUUUGGGAAGUGUUUUGACGUUGUAUAUCUUGGCCACUUCUGUGGGCUCGUUCUUGGGCCCUUUGAUCGCGCAUAUUAUCUCAUUGCAUCUUUCAUUCCGUUGGGUCGGUUGGAUGGGUGCCAUCAUUUGCGGUGUUACUGUAUUUGUUAUAUAUUUUGGCUGCGAAGAGACUGUGUUUGAUAGACAAUUAUACAAUAGAAUCUACGAGGCCAAAGUCAUUGACGAAAAAUCAUUUGGCCAAGAUGAAUUGGAAAAGGAUAAAAUCGACGGAGAACAACAAGAACUAGAGCAAGAGCAAGAGCAAGAGCAAGAGCAAGAAAAAAAUGCAGAGAAUUCAUUCCUCUAUCAAAACUCAAGAUGUGGUCAAGAGCAAAAGCUGCAAGAUGUGAAGCUGAAAUCGGCACAUGGUUUUCUUGGUCAUGAAACCUCCAGAGAAGUCAUCAAGAUUGACGACGAAAGCCAUGCAGAGAAACCGAAAUCUUACCGUCAACGUAUUGCACUCAUCACCCCCGCUCCAUACUUGGAGGGUUACGGAUUUAAGCAGUACAUCAAGAGAUUUGUUGUUUACUUUAAAGUUUUCACCUUACCAGCAGUCUGGCUAUCUGGCCUUCUUUGGGGGUUGCAAGACGCAUACAUGACUUUUUUCCUUACUACACAGGAUACAUUUUUCUACGAUCCACCAUGGAGCAAGUCUGGAACCGGCGUGGCAGUGAUGAAUGUGGCGACCCUUAUUGGUGCCGUUAUUGGAUGUAUCAUGUCCGGGUACUUGUCCGAUAAGCAUGUCGUUUGGAUUGCCAAGAGACAUGGCGGGUUAAUGGAACCUGAAUAUAGACUUUAUUUGUUAUUCAUCACUUUGAUUAUAUCACCAGUUGGAUUAAUCAUGUUUGGAGUUGGUGCAGAUAAAGAAUGGCCAUGGCAAUGUAUUUAUGUUGGAUUGGGUUUCAUAGGUUUUGGAUGGGGCUCCAUUGGUGACACUGCGAUGUCAUACUUGAUGGACGCGUACCCCGACAUUGUUAUCCAAGGAAUGGUGGGUGUUUCCAUUAUCAAUAACACUUUGGCCUGUGUGUUUACAUUUGCAUGCUCGUACUGGCUAGAUGGCUCAGGUACAACAAACACUUAUAUUGCGUUAGCGGUGAUUGACUUUGUCACUAUUGCUGGAAUUAUUCCAUUCUUCUACUAUGGAAAGACGUUUAGAAGAAAGACAAGAAACAUUUAUGUUUCAAUGGUUGAAUUGACCCAAGGUAUGGGCUGA